AUGUUUGGAAGAAUUGGAUUGUUGUGUAGCCACACUUUUGUGGUUUUUAAGGAUUUAAACUUUGAUAAAAUCCCUAUGAAAUAUGUGCUGAAUCGAUGGACUAAGGAUGCAUCCUUAAAGCCAAUCUUCCAUAUUGAUGGUCUCACAUUUGAUCAAGGUGCAGGAAUGGAUGAGAGGAAGGUGUUGUUAGCACAAUUGUGGGGUGAUAUGCAGUGUUAUAUUGGUCUAGCAGAAGAAGCAAAAAUGGAUAAAUUGGUUGAAUUUGCACAAGUGAUUAAACAACAAAAAUUGAUAUUGAGGACAGAACAAGUUGAUUUAUCCCCUACUCAUAGGAAGAAUGCAGUCAUAGAGUCUUAUUGUGAAUCAUCUAAGCCUUCCGAGAUCUCUAUUUUACCACCAAGAAAAGCAAAAAAUAAGGGCAGUGGUAAGCGUGUGAAAGGGAAAAAGGAGUUAGCAAUCGAUGCAUCAAAGAAAUGUUUAAGAAAAUGCCAUACGUGUGAUGCUUACUUAGAAAAUGACAAGAGACAUGACAGUAGGAAUUGCCCACUUCGAAAGGAAUUAAUAGAUAAAGAGGAUUGA